AUGGACCCCUUUCUAUUUACCCUCCCCGCACACCCAUGGUGCAGUGAUCUGUCACAGGGUUUGAGAGCCAUGUUUUCAUUACAAGGAAAUGCCAGCGGACAGCCAUGUGUAUUCCCUUUCAAAUAUGAAGGCAAACAGUACAACGAGUGCACAGGUGCUGGCAGAUCAGAUGGCUGGCUCUGGUGUGCAACAACUGCAGACUUUGAUGCUGAUAAACUGUAUGGAUUUUGCCCACUAGUAAAUGACACAGAAAGAUUUUGGACAGAAGAUGUUUCAACUGGCUUUCACUAUCAGAUAAAUUCAGAAUCGGCUCUAACAUGGCACCAAGCAAGGAAAAGCUGUCAGCAGCAAAAUGCAGAACUAUUAAGCAUCACAGAGAUUCAUGAGCAAGAAUAUAUGGGAGAGCUAACUAAAAAAUUCACUUUUGCAUUCUGGAUUGGAUUGAACACUUUGAAUUUCAACAGUGGAUGGCAAUGGGCUGGGGGCAGCCCUUUCAGGUAUUUAAACUGGGCUCCAGGAAGUCCUUUCCUGUUCCCUGGGAAAAUCUGUGGAGCGAUGAACCCCAGAAAGAAUUCCAAAUGGGAAAACCAAGCAUGUAACCAGAGACUUGGCUACAUUUGUAAAAAAAUAAACUUAAGUUCAAAGUCUGACAUUAUACCCAAAGAGGAAUUGAGACCUAUUAAGUGCACGGAUGGUUGGUGGCCAUACGCAGGCCACUGCUACAGCAUUCAACGAGAACCCAAAACGUGGAAAGAUGCUCUGGCUUCAUGUAAGAAGCAAGAUGGAGAUUUGGCAAGUGUCCACAACAUUGCUGAAUACAGCUUUCUAGUGUCACAGCUUGCUUACAAGCCAACAGAAGAGUUAUGGCUUGGUCUGAACGACCUGAAGGUUCACUUCUAUUUCGAGUGGAGUGAUGGGACUCCUGUGACGUUCACCAAAUGGCAGCGCAGGCAUCCCACCUACACAAACGGUCUGGAGGACUGCGUUGUUAUGAAGGGGCAGGAUGGAUACUGGGCAACUGCUGUUUGUGAUAAGCGGCUUGGUUACAUGUGUAAAAAGAAGCCUUCAUCACAAUCCUCUGAAAAAGAGACAAUCGAGGACCCAGGCUGCCAGAAAGGUUGGAAAAGAUAUGGUCUUCACUGUUAUUUGGUGGGCUCUGCACCGGUAACAUUCUCAGAAGCAAAUAAGACAUGUGAACGGAGCAAAGCUUAUCUAGCUACAGUGGAAAGCAGAUAUGAGCAAGGCUUUCUGACUAGUCUUGCGGGGCCGAGGUCUGAAAAAUAUUUCUGGAUCGGUCUCUCUAACACAGAAGAACGAGAGAGCUUCAGGUGGACCAGUGGUGAAACUCCUCUCUUCACACACUGGAACACAGCAAUGCCAGGAAAAGAGCAAGGCUGUGUUGCCAUGGGAACUGGAAUUACAGCUGGGUUAUGGGAUGUUGUUAGCUGUGAGAAGACAGCAAAUUAUCUUUGCAAACAGCGGGCAGCAGGACUGCCACCCCCUGCUCCUUCUGUACAGGUCCCUGCGGCCGCCUGUGCUGAGGGCUGGGAUGGACCCUCCUGGGCAGACUCGUGCUUCAAAUUUUUUGUGAGAGAGGGAAACCAAAAAAAGUCAUGGUUUGAGGCUGAAGAAUUCUGUAGAGAACUAGGAGGAAAUCUGGUCACAAUCAAUACAAGAGAAGAUCAAAUUUUAUUGUGGCAAUUAGCAUCGGAUAAAGGACUGCACACUCAGGCUUUCUGGAUCGGUUUGUUCCUCUUAAAUCCUGAUGAAGGAUUUGCCUGGAUUGAUGGUUCCCCUGUAAUUUAUGACAACUGGGAUGAAGAUGAACCGAACAACUAUGAAGAACUUGAACACUGUGUUAUGUUUAAUAGAUCACCCCAAAUGCGCUGGAAUGACCUGCGCUGUGAACGUUUACUUAAUUGGAUUUGUGAAACAAAGAAAGGUACAUUGCUGAAACCUGAACCACACUACAAGCUUGAAUAUCAAUCAACUGAUGAUGGAUGGAUUAUAUAUGAAGAUAAGCAGUACUAUUUCAGCAAAGAACGUGUCCAUAUGGAAGAAGCACGGAGAAUUUGUCAGAAGAACUUUGCAGAUCUUGUUGUCAUUGAGAAUGAAAGCAAAAGACAAUUUCUAUGGAAAUACAUUUACACAAAACUCGGAGUGGAAUCAUAUUUCAUUGCCUUAGUUGUCAGCUUUGAUCAGAAACUCAGCUGGCUGGAUGAGACCCCAGUGAACUAUGUUGCCUGGGCUCCAAAUGAACCCAACUUUGCAAAUAAUGAUGAAAACUGUGUGAUAAUGUCAAAAGAUUUUGGCUUUUGGAAAGAUAUAAACUGUGCUGUGAAAAAUGGCUUCAUCUGUGAAAGGCACAAUUCAAAUUACUCAGGAUUUGCUCCUACUGUACUUCCACCUCUGGGAGGAUGUCCUGAAACUUGGCUUUUGUUUAACAAUAAGUGUUAUAAAAUAUUUGGAUCCAGAGGAGCAGAGAGACUGACUUGGCACUCUGCAAGAAGUGCUUGUAUAGAAUUAGGGGGAAAUUUGGCCUCUAUACACAAUGAGCAAGUGCAAGCCUUCUUCACCUUUCACCUAAGGGAUGUCGCCAGUGAAACAUGGAUUGGACUGAAUGACAUUAACAGUGAGGGUACAUAUCUUUGGACAGAUGGAAGCUUUUUUGACUAUGCAAAGUGGGCAAGACAAUUCCCAAUUAGAGAUAAAUUCGUAAAAGUUGACUGGAAGUAUAUUACAAUACAGACCGACUGUAUUGCAAUGACGACAAGAUCUGCAGAUGAAGCAGGGUACUGGGAAAACACUGACUGCCAGCAUAACAAAAGCUAUAUUUGCCAGAUGGACAGCA